UGAAGAAAUUGUUACCAAAGACCAAGUCAACUGAAGUAAAACACCCAUCCAUAUUUGAGAUGGCCUCAGGCUUCAUUGAUGACAUUCUAAAUGAAUCUAAUAAAAGAGUUGAUAAUUACAGAAUGAUUGGCAUUGAAAGAUUCCAAAGGUACAAAUAUCCAGAAGAGUUUUCUAUCGCGGAUGGUUUAGAGCUCAUUGUAAGGUGUAUUAACAAGUGGUCAUUCAAUCCUAAUUGGUAUUUCAAGAUAAACUAUACUGGUAUAUUGGUUACAGAAUCAUAUUCACAUUUCUAUACGCUUAAAUGGAGUGUCCCCACUCCAUCUUAUCCCAUAGCUCAAGUAACAGCUGAUAUUCACUUUACAAUUGAGAUCACUCCUAUGAAACCUCCACCAGUUUUAAUUGAGAUGUGGUACAGAUUGGAGACUGAUCGGUCACAACACAAUGCUUUCACUAAAAGUUUUAAGGAGUCCCAACUUCAAACUCUAAUCAGGCGCAAGCUCAACGCUUUUCAAUCUUUCACUUUUUAAUGUUUUGAUAAAUAAAGUUCUUUACCAAUAA